UGCAUGUAAUGGUUUCACUUGCUCGGAAGCUGAUCGCAUCAAGGAACCCUAUUCCAAUAUCCAAAAGCUACGAGCUCGGAAACUCAGAAGCUUUGCAGCCCUUCGUUCCAUUUUCCCGGCUUCAAGAGACAAAACUCUUGGAAUCUCAUCUAGUCUCACUUCUUGACAACUGUAGCAGCCUAAAUCAGAUCAAACAAGUACAUGCUCACGUUAUUCGCAGAGGUCUUGACCAAUGUUGCUAUGUUCUCGCAAAGCUACUCCGUAUGCUCACAAAAAUCAAUGUCCCAAUGGACCCAUAUCCCCGUCUUGUGUUUCAUCAAGUGGAAUACCGCAACCCUUUUCUAUGGACCGCGUUAAUUCGCGGUUAUUCAAUUCAAGGACCAUUGAAAGAGGCAGUGUGUUUGUAUAAUGCUAUGAGAGGGGAAAGUAUAUCGCCUGUUUCUUUUACUUUGACGGCUUUGCUCAAGGGUUCUAGCGAUGGGCUUGAGUUGAAUUUAGGUAAGCAGAUCCAUUGUCAGAACAUAAAGCUUGGUGGGUUCUGUAAAGAUUUGUUUGUUCAUAAUAUUUUGAUUGAUAUGUAUGUAAAAUGUGGCUGGUUGGAUUGUGGUCGAAAGGUGUUCGAUGAAAUGUCUGAGAGGGAUGUGAUUUCGUGGACUUCGUUAAUUGUUGCAUAUUCAAAGUCUGGAGAUAUGGCGGCAGCUGCUGAGCUGUUUGAGAGAUUGCCUGUGAAAGAUUUGGUUGCAUGGACGGCUAUGGUGUCAGGUUUUGCACAGAAUGCUAAACCAAGGGAGGCAUUGGCGUUCUUCCAUAGAAUGCAGUCUGAAGGUAUUGAGACUGAUGAGUUGACAUUAGUUGGGGUUAUUUCAGCUUGUGCACAGUUAGGGGCUGCUAAGUAUGCAAAUUGGGUUUGUGAUAUGGCUGAGGGAUAUGGUUUUGGACCUGCCAAUCAUGUUAUGGUGGGUUCUGCAUUGAUUGAUAUGUACUCCAAGUGUGGGAAUGUGGAGGAAGCAUACAAGGUUUUUGUGAAGAUGAAGGAAAAGAAUGUGUUCUCAUAUAGUUCGAUGAUUAUGGGUUUUGCAAUGCAUGGAUGCGCGAAUGCUGCACUAGAUUUAUUCGAAGAAAUGGUGAAAACUGACGUAGAGCCUAAUAAGGUGACAUUCAUUGGUGUUCUUAUGGCUUGUACUCAUGCAGGUUUGGUAGAACGGGGUCGACACCUGUUUGAUAUAAUGGAGAAACAUUAUGGUGUUGAACCAUCAGUAGAACACUAUGCUUGCAUGAUUGAUCUCCUUGGCAGGGCUGGGCAACUAGAAGAGGCUCUUGAGCUUAUCAAAGCUAUGCCUAUGGAGCCUAAUAGUGGUGUCUGGGGAGCCCUGCUAGGAGCUUGUCGGAUUCAUGGUAAUCCUGAUAUUGCAGAAGUUGCUGCCAACCGUUUAUUUGAGCUUGAACCUGAUAGCAUUGGUAACUAUGUCUUGCUUGCCAAUACAUAUGCUUCAGCUGGAAGGUGGGAAGAUGUUUUAGGGGUAAGGAAAUCAAUAAAACAAAAACUGCUGAGAAAGGACCCUUCACGCAGCUGGAUUGAAGGCACAGAGGGAGUGAUUCAUGAGUUCUAUGCUGGUGAUAUGACCCACCCAAACUCGAAAGAGAUUAAGGAAGCACUUGAGGACCUUAUUGGUCGGCUUAAGUCACAUGGCUACGAGCCAAACUUAAGCUCUGUGCCUUAUGAUCUGAAUGAAGAACAUAAAAGGCGAAUACUUCUCACACAUAGUGAGAAGCUGGCUUUGGCAUAUGGGCUGCUCAUCACUGAUUCUGCUGGGUCUACCAUCAGGAUCAUGAAAAAUCUAAGAAUCUGUGAAGAUUGCCACUCAUUCAUGUGCGGUGCAUCUCAAAUCACUGGCAGGGAGAUUAUUGUAAGGGAUAACAAGAGAUUUCACCAUUUCCAUAAUGGUGUAUGCUCUUGUGGUAACUUUUGGUAAUU